AUGUUGAAGCACACACUACUUGUUACACUUCUUUUUCUGGAUAUUGCACAGUCGGAAUUAACAGAAAUCAUAACGAUAGAUCAAGGCUCUCUUCAAGGAAUAAGAAAUUCAGAUGCAGAAGAGUUUUUAGGCAUUCAAUAUGCCAAGUGUCCUGAGCGGUUUGCACCAGCUGAUGAUCCUGAACCAUGGUCAGGCAUCUUCCAAGCCACUAUACCAGCACCAGGUUGCUACCAAAAUUGCACGUCAUUUCCCAGUGCUUGUCCGGCGAACAUCAGUGAAUGCUGUUUCACAUUAAAUAUCUAUCGACCUCACAAUACGACAAGCAAUGACAGUCUGGCUAUUAUGGUUCAUUUAUAUGGGGGUUCUUUUGUUGAGGGCUCUGUUGAUGUGCCAUUGCUGAAUGCAAGUCAUCUGGUCGGACUCAACAAAAACAUUAUUGUUGUCACUUGCAAUUAUCGACUGGGAGCAUUCGGCUUCUAUUUCAAUCUCGAUGAUGCUAACGUCUCUGCUCCGGGUAAUGUCGCUCUCCUUGAUCAACUGCAAUGUUUACAAUGGAUUCAAAAUAAUUCUCGCGCUUUUGGUGGAAAUCCGUUAAACGUAACAUUGUGGGGACAAUCCGCUGGUGCAUCAUCCGUCGGAUUUCAUUUGCAACAUUACUAUCUUAAUCCCAAUCAAUCGCAACUUUUCCAUCAGAUCGUAGUCCAAUCAUGGCCUGCUGCCAUUCAACCUCGAAGCCUAAAGGAAUCAAAACAAUACAAUAGCCAUCUCGCCCUGCUGGUCGGAUGUCUUGAUGAUGAAACUGUUACUGAAUGUCUUCGUUGCAAAACUGCUGAGGAGAUUCUCAAAGCAUCGGAUACAGUCAAAUACGAUAUAACCACAUACUAUGAUAAACUUAUUACUGUUGGGUUGCCAUGGCAAGCAACUUUAGGGCUCAGCUCAUUUUUUCUUCAAUUCAACAAUAUCGACUUCAUCAAUCGAUAUGCUUCUCUUAUAAAAAUACCAAUUCUUUGGGGUACAGAUAAAGACGAAGGAACAUUGUUUAUCUAUGCCGCAAUACCUCAAUCAGUACCAAUUCUAUAUCCUAAGGCGCUAACAAUCAUUGGUGGUCUGUGGCAUCCGGAAAACGUACCUGCGAUUUCAAACCUCUAUAAACUUGAUUCGUUAUUUGUUCUUAACCCAACAGCCGACUAUCACGAUGUUCUGUCUCAAAUCCUUGGUGAUUAUGCAUUUACUUGCGCUAUGCGCAAUAUGAGCAAAGCAUUAGCUCGAGCUACCAACUCAAAUAUUUUCUUGUACGUUUUCGAUUAUAUUCUCAAGGCAAACGGGACCCUCUACGGUUCAUCACACUGGGCGCCAGAAUGCUAUACACAUGUGUGUCAUAAAAGCGAGAUGCCAUUAGUCUUUAAUCCAACUGGUGUAUCCACCAUUAAAUUUACAAACGACGAAGAAAUAUUUGCACAAUCAAUCGGACGCUAUUGGACGAACUUUGCUAACACAGGCAAUCCUAACAAUCGAAUUCCUACCUUGACUUCCUGGAAUACGUUCACUACGUUCAACAACAGCAGUCUUCAUCUCACGCUACCGGCAUCGGCAAAUUGGAAUAAUUACCGCGGCAACCCAUAUUGCGAUUUCUGGGAUUGUUUAGGCUACAUUUUUUGA